AUGGUCAGCUGUGACCUCGCUGUUAGUCAGGGGGACUCGAUAAAAACAGUUCUUCAGGACUUUUCUGAAUCAGGAAACCAGCGGCUCACAUGUGGCUGCAGUCUGCAUCACGCACCUGCUGUUUUAACCUCUUUCUCCAGUUUUCACGAGUUCAAUCAGACAAAAAACAGAAAAUCCACAAACUCUGCAGAGAUUUUUGUCGAAGCACCGCGAUGUUUAAUCUUUGGUGUUAAAAAUGUCAAAGUAGGACACAAAAAUAUCAGAAUUCAUGAUGUUUCAUUGGCAAAAACCUCAUUCAACCUCACUUUAACAUUUCUGAACUGGUCCAUGUAA